AAUUCACUUCCUAACUCCGAUGGCUGAGUACCUAGGUAUCUGCUAAACCUGAUUCGUCUGUAUGAAAAGCAAUAUUAUCAACUCGGCUCUCACGAGUGGCUUGCGGAGAUAUGGAACCCCGAGACCUCGUCUGCGCCAGAUGCUGGCGGGAUUUCUUCGAUACCAAGGAUUACGAGCAAUGCUGCGCGGGCGCAAUUUCCAGCAUCGUGGGUAUCGAGGUGACAAGUACUAUUGAUGAAGUAAGGAACGCAGCACAGUUAGGUUGUAACUGGUGUGAUUAUAUCAAUAGCUUCAUUAAAACUUCAGAAAAUGGAGAAUCCAAAAUUACUGUGACCCUCUGUCCUACGUCAAUCGAGUCAUGUACUCCAGAGGGUCGGAAUACUUUUUACAUCAGUAUUUCUCGUCGAUCCCCCGCGGGCGAAUUGGAAUCCGCAUCCUCAUUAUUUCUCCAUGCUUUUACAACUGCAGAAAACGAAGCGGGGAGAUAUGUCACCGCGCGCCCCAUACAAACAGAUGUCGGAAGCGCAGCCGCCCAUCGUCAGAUUAAGACGUGGUUGAGAGAAUGUGAAGAGCAUGAGUGCUGCUCUAGCCCCCACACUGCUUCUAUGCUCCCCACCAGGGUUAUUGAAGUUAGCCCGCCAGGGCAGAAAGAUCCACGACUUGUAGAGUCUGAAGGGAUUCAGGGAGUAUACGCAACGUUGUCAUAUUGUUGGGGUACUGUCCCCUUUCCGAACCUCACUAUUUCUAAUCGCACUCAGUUCAAAGAGGGCUUGGACAUGAGUACACUACCCCUUACAAUCCGUAAUGCCAUCGCUACUACUCGUGAGAUGUCCAUUCCGUACAUAUGGAUAGACGCUCUCUGUAUUAUGCAGGACUCCGAAGAGGAUAAGAUGAGAGAAAUAUCGCGGAUGAAGGGAAUAUUCGCCUCAUCAACCGUUACCAUUGUGGCGGCUUCGUCAAAAAGCGUCUUCGACGGAUUUCUAUAUGAUCGCGAUAACUCGGAGACUGUUUAUAGAAUACCGGCCCGAGUUGAUAAGGGGGUAUUCGGAGCGAUGUUCGUCAAUGAACUCGAUGCUGCGACUUACGAUGAGCGCUCCGAGCCCAUUGCGAAACGAGCAUGGACGAUGCAGGAGCAGGUACUAGCCCAACGAACCGUUAUUUUCGCUACGCAUACUAUGUUAUGGAAUUGUAAGGCCAGCGCAAGGAACUUUGGGGACUCACUAUACUUCCCAUACGACCUCGACUCAGGAUUUAACGACGACGACGAAAAAUACAGUCUCAAUCUAAAUUCUCUCUUAAUUACAGAACACGAGGCGAGAUCCAACAAGAACAAGGCUUUGAGUUGCUGGUUACGCCUUGUGACGGCUUUCUCUCUCCGUAAAGCUAGCCAUGAGAACGACAAGCUCAAUUCACUAGCUGGCAUUGCAUCUCAUCCUUCUUUUUCUAGUCUCGGGCCAAACUACUUUGCCGGGAUUUGGGAGUAUAAACUUGCUAUACAACUGAUGUGGUACACCUCGGAUUGGCACAGAACACUUGGCGAGGACGAAAAAUUCACAUUCUACAGACCGACCACAUAUCGAGCGCCUUCUUGGUCCUGGGCGAGCCUUGAGGGUGGAGUUAUCCACUUCGACUUCUCGUUUGACGAUGAAGAUGAACCGGAGCCAGAAAUAGUCUGUGAAGUCGUAGAGUGCUCAACGACAGCCAAGUUCCCUGAUCUAAAUCCGCUUGGCGAGGUCCUCUACGCGCAAUUGACACUAAGGGGAUCAUUAAGGAUGGCGUGGUUUAACCCGAAGACUUCUAACGUUAUCUUACUUCAUGAUCCUAUCCCUGACGACCACGACCGCCUAGACAAAGUGGUCGAACCAUAUGAAGAAGCAUGGAAAAGGCAUGUCGUAGAAUUCAAGGCGAGGCACCCGGAUAUUGAUAUUGAAGAAGACCCGGAAGCUGUAAAUGGUACCGACUAUGAUAACACCAAUGGAAGAUCCGACGAAUCUGGAUUUACCCAGCUAGUAGUCGUAUUUUGCCUUCCAGUCACCCUUCAAAGCUCAUCUCUGGACGGCACUAUGGGGUUAUUACUUACGUCAUGUAAGCACGAAGGCAGGACUUCAUACAAGAGGAUAGGUAUUUUUAAGAGAGGGAUGAAUAAAGAGUUUGAAGACCUACCAAGGAGGGAUAUCUGCAUAAUAUGAUGUAUAUCAAUCAUAAAUCAUAUUUCUCGUAGCACGAAGCACAAUCCGCAGAAUAGGGUUGGCACCGAGGAUUGCUUAACUAUGAAUUCAAGAUCAACAUCAAAUAAUACGUGGGUCAAGCACUUAAGCUGAAAAGGGGUUUUAAGGUUUACUGCGGAUACCUAUUUCGUGCAAACAUUCAUUCCUUCUUAUUUUGUUUCCAUAAGUCGUACCUUCCGUGUCUACCAACCUAG